AAAUUCACGCCUUUAUUAAUUAAGUGCCCAUUAAUGAUGCCUAAUUUAUAAUUUGGGUUCUACCUAAAAAUACUGCAUAUACCUACCUUAGUUGGAGAUAAAAUAAUACUGGGUAAAAGCCAAUAAUUGUAGAAUUAUCUAUAUAUCCAUGACUAAUCACGUCGACAACGUGCAUGUCAGUACUCUGAUGUAAUUAAACUCUUAUAAAAGCCUUUCUUUUUUUUCUUCCACAUACAUAAACUAGUUUCUUACUACAAAUCACACCUUAUUCUUAGGAAUAGCAAUUUUAAAAAUAUGCAAAAACAGAGUCAUAGCCGUUUCAAGCCAGGGAAAUCAUGGUGCCUCAUCAUCGGUUUAAUAAUAGGAGGUGCCCUUUUCUUGUCCAUGUUUCUCAAAACGUCAAACAAUUGGAUCCUGUGCAGCAACAACAACAAUAAUAAAGCUCUUGAUGAUCAUGGCAAGAAGUGGAAUAAUCUACAGCAACUCCAGCUGGUGGAUGCCAUUUUACACUAUGCAACAUCGCGAGUGAUACCUCAACAAAAUAUAGACGAGAUCAGGAUAUCUUUUGAUGUUCUGAAAAACCGAACUCCUUGUAAUUUUCUUGUAUUUGGUUUAGGCCAUGAUUCUCAAAUGUGGGCAUCAUUUAAUUCCCUUGGAAACACAUUGUUCCUAGAGGAAGAUCCGAAAUGGGUGCAGACCAUACUAAAAGAUGCCCCUUUCCUUCAUGUUGAAACCGUGAAAUAUCGGACAAUGUUAUCAGAGGCAGAUGAGCUAGUGGAACAUUACCGUAAAGAACCAGAUUGUUCUGCCAAGAAAUCAUUUCUACGUGGCAACCAUGGCUGUAAAUUAGCAUUGGAUAUGUUACCAGAUGAAGUUUACCAUAAGGAAUGGGAUGUGAUUAUGAUAGAUGCACCACGAGGCUAUUUUGCAGAAGCACCAGGUAGAAUGGCAGCUAUUUAUUCGGCAGCUGUUAUGGCCAGAAAUAGGCCGAAAGGUAAAGGCGUAACGCAUGUGUUUUUACACGAUGUGGAUCGUAAGGUAGAAAAGAUUUAUGCUGAGCUCUUUUUGUGUAGGAAAUAUUUGGUCAAAGGGGUAGGAAGGAUUUGGCAUUUUGAGAUUCCUCCACCAUCUAAUGUAGGAAACAAUUUUUGCUAGAAUAUAAUUAUCAAUUUUCUUAGCUUCUUCCCA